AUGGGUAUUCAGUACGAAUUCCUUCUAGAGGACGAACGCAUCUUCAGCGACUGCUCCGACAAGCCACCAGGAACCUUCAACUCGCACAGCUUAUUCGAUUUAAGCAACAUGAACUUUGCUAUGGAUGAUGAUGGAGUUGCCAUUUCCGGCAAUCAUACACUCAUAUGGGAUGUCCAGCCAUCGGACCGCAUAGAGAUGGCUGGCAGCUUGCGGUAUUUUGAUCGCAGUACCUGGCAACCCACAACGCUCAAUAUUUUGAGCAAGGACCUUUGCAAAGUCUUGUACGAUCACAGACAGAUCUGGUACGACCUGUACAGUAAACACAUAGCAAACAGACCGGAUAUCGCGGAAAAUUGUAUCAGAGUGAAGGGUACUACAUUCAUAAUGGAAUCUUAUAAGCUGGAUCCACAUAUUGGUCUUGGCGUUCCAUUGAAGCCCGGACGCUAUUCAGUUCGCUUAGAGAUUUCAGCAUACGAUAAAUCGAACAUUAAAGGACCGAUCUCUAUAUGUGCCGAAGUAAAAGGCGAAUUUUUUAGGGUCUAA